AUGGCGCUGGACCUGCAGCCGCCCGACGGUCGCAAACGGGUCAAGGUCUACGAACUGAGGGAUAAUGACUGGUUUGACCGGGGAACGGGUUUCUGCACGGGGCAGACCAUGGGGGAGGAGCCUCGGAUAUUCGUCGAAUCGGAAGAUCAGCCCAACCGUGUGCUGCUCGAGACCAAGAUCACCAAGGAUGAUGGCUAUCAGAAGCAACAAGGUUUGUGUCCCCCCCCCGCGGACUCCUGGAGCAACAAGUGGUUGCUGAUGACGCAUCACGCGACAGAAACCUUGAUCGUUUGGACGGAACAGAAUGGCACGGAUAUGGCGCUGAGUUUCCAGGAGGCAGAAGGUUGCGCGGUGAUCUGGGAUUUCGUCAACACCGUCCAACAACAUCUCCUCAGCCUGGCGGCAGCCGAUGAUGCUCUAUCAGACGACCUCGAAAGCUACCAGUCUAUCGUGUUACCGGCGCCCGAACUCGGAAACCUCGCUGAGAUAGAACAGAUCGUCCGAGCUGCGAGCAUGACUCAGGCCGGCCGCGACGCACUCUGCAAAUUCAUCAUUCGCGACGAGUACAUCUCUAAACUUGUGCCAUUAGUUCCGAUGGCCGAGGACCUGGAGAGCCUAGCCGACUUGCACCGUCUUUGCAACAUCAUGAAGUCCUUGAUUCUUCUCAACGAUAACACCAUAAUUGAAACCGUGGUUGCUGACCCGGUUAUUCUGGGAGUAGUUGGGGCUCUUGAAUAUGAUCCCGAAUUCCCAACACAUAAAGCAAACCACCGACAAUAUCUGGCCGACCAAUCGCGUUACAAAGAAGUAGUGCCCAUCAAGGACCCCAUCAUCCGCAGAAAGAUCCGAAGCACCUGGCGUUUGCAAUACCUAAAGGAUGUCGUGUUGGCUCGGAUCCUGGACGACCCGACCUUCUCCGUGCUCAACUCUCUGAUUUUCUUCAACCAGAUGGAGAUUGUCAACCAUAUCCAGUCGAAUGCACAGUUCUUACGCGAACUUUUUGCGGUCUUUGACCCGAGAAACCUGGACGCAAAGCGCAAAGACGACGCCGUGCAGUUCCUCCACCAAUGUACAGCAAUCGCAAAGAACUUGCAGACUCCGGCGCGCGCUAGCCUCUUUACCAAUUUCAUCAACUAUGGCUUGUUCGCGGUUAUCGCCUUUGCCGUGAAACACCCGAACCCAGCGAUGCGCACAACUGGUAUUGAUAUUCUGAUGGCCUUGCUCGACCAUGACCCGGUAAUUAUGCGUGGGUACAUGCUCAAGGCCGUUAACGAGAAGAAGACGCCGCUCACCGACACAUUGAUUGACUUGCUUCACACCGAGACCGACCUUGGAGUCAAGAAUCAACUUUCGGAGGCGGUUAGGAGUCUUCUUGAUCCUCAGAUUCCCUUGCAAGACCCACUUGGACGGCCUGGAACCGAUUACUUCAAGGCUCGCUCCGCUAACCUUCUCUCCGAUACAUUCGUCCAACAACAUUUCGAUGAGUCUGCUAAACGUCUGUUCCGGCCGCUCAAAGAGCUUGCUGAUCGUCAUAGCCUGGAUGACUUGACAUUCCAAGAAGUCACGCUUUACUCACAUCUUGUUGAGAUCCUCACCUUUUUCGUUCUUGCCCUCAAAUUCUUCCGGGCUCUAGUCAAUGUUUCGGACACCUUCUGGCAAGCUCUCAUCACACAUACACCUGCCUUUGGGCUGUGUCUCGACAUCAUCUACGAAACCAUGCCACGCGACAAUCUUCUCAAUUCUGCCUGCCUCGAGCUUUUCGACUACAUCAAGCGUUCCAAUUGCAAGUCAUUUAUUAUUCAUAUAGUGGAGGAAUACCGUGAGAAGCUUGAGAGCAUCAACUACGUCGAAACUUUCCAACAUUUGAUUCUCCGAUACGAUCAAAUGCAAGGCUAUGGCAUUGACGCCGACUUGAUGCCGCUUGGACGCCAGGAUGAGGACAGCACGCCGCGGAGGAUGCCGCUGAACGGCGGGCGAUGGCAAGGCGUUAGGGAAAUGGAUGCGGCAGAAGAAGAGUACUUUAACACGUCGGACGACGACGAAGAGUGGACUCCGGACACUCGCGCAGCCCUUGCCGUCGGUCCGCCCAACGGGGCUGCUUCUCCGGCCGUCAAAUCAUUGGUUGACUACCCAGAUGACGACGACGAUGAUGAUAUUAUGGAUACAAAACCUGAAGACGCUCAACCGGCUCAGCCAUUGGAUGUCGCAGACGUCCCUGCCGAGGCUGUCACCUCUACCGACUCUUCUACCACUCAAACGCCACCUGCCCCUGAGCGACUGGCCGAGAAGCGUCGUCGCGAGGAAGAAGACGAGGACGAAUUGAUGAAGCUGACGGCUGGACCUAAGCGGAGAAGUUCCACAGCCAGCAAUUCCAGUGCGGGGAGUCUACGACGCAAGAACGGCUCGUCCAUGGGUAUGGCGGCCAGUGAUAAGAGUGCCACCGCGGGUAAUGCCGCGGGCGGUGCACCUGUCAAGAGAAUUGCCAUCAACUUGGGACCGACUUUGAAAUCAAGCGUGGACAGCGAAACGCCUGAUUCAGAGACAGCAUCCGACGAGAACAAUGAGAAGGAGAACAACAACAGUCGAGGUGAUUAA